AUGCUCUCUUUGCCGACGUCGGGACUACUCCUCGGCAGCUUCUUUGGGGCGGGAAUAAAAGGAGGCGUUGAGGAUGGAGCAGACUGGCCGAUGUGUGGAGCUCACCCACUUCCCACUCCUCCGACCAUGCGGCAUCCAGCAGUCUCCGGCCUCCUCGCCGGCUUGGGUCUUUCCGUCCUUGGCGACACAGCGUCCGCAGCAGUGACAACAUGCUCCCCAGACGCCAUCGCUACUCCCGAGCUACUGGGUGGCCAGGUUCUCUCCAUCACCGCAACUUCGGAGAAGAAUUCCGGCGGGACCCCCAGCUUUUGCAACGUCACCGUCCAAUAUACGCAUCCAGGCCAGAAUGACACGCUCAAUGUCUUCGUGUAUCUCCCCGCUUCGGAGAACUGGAACGAGCGUUUCAUGGGCUACGGUGGCGGCGGCUUCCGCAUGAGAUCCAACGACACGGUGCUCGCCGAGGAAGUGGCCAAAGGCUACGCCGUCGCGUCGACCGACGGUGGCCACGACUGGAUGCUUGAAAGUUCCGAGUCCUGGGCGACCGUGAGCCCGGGCAACGUCAACGCAAACCUGCUCAACAACUUCGCCGCCGUGGCUCUGGAGGACGCGGCCCUCAUCGGCAAAGCCGUCACCGCCAGCUUCUACGGACAGGAGGCCAGGUACUCGUACUGGAGUGGAUGCUCGACCGGCGGCCGCCAAGGGCUUAUGCUUGCGCAAAGGUUUCCCGGGCUGUACGACGGCAUCUUGGCCACUGCUCCUGCCAUCAACUGGGCCAAGUUCGUCCCGGCAGAGUACUUGCCGCAGUUUAUCAUGAACCAGCUGGAUGUAUACCCAACUUCAUGUGAGUUGGACGCCAUCACCGCCGCCGCCAUCGAGGCAUGCGACGGUCUGGAUGGGGUUGAGGACGGCAUCAUCGCCGACCCUUUGAGCUGCAAGUUUGACCCGCUCACCGUCGUCGGGCGCGAAUACACGUGCGGAGAGUCGAGUUCCGUCAUCUCGGAAGGAGCGGCCACGGUCGUCCAGAAGACGUGGGAAGGCGCGCGUACGAGCAGCGGCAACUUCACCUGGUACGGACUGAGCCCAGACGCUUCUCUCGCCGGUCUGGCCAACACGUCGUGCGUCGGCGGCGACUGCACCGGCGCUCCUUUCACCGUCGCCGAGGAGUGGAUCAAGUUCUUUGUCAAGCGCGGCGACCCGGCCUUCGACAUCACCAACAUGUCGCAUGCCGAGUUCGACGCCAUAAUCCACCGCUCCGCCAAUCAGUACAAGUCGGUCAUCAGCACCGACGACCCGGACCUGUCCGAGUUCAAGGCGUCUGGCGGGAAAAUGAUCACCUGGCAUGGCCUGGCCGACGAGCUGAUCGCUCCGGAAGGCACCGUCGACUACUAUGAGAAGGUCCUUGGGCUCGAUGCUGCCGCGGCAGACUUCUACCGCUUUUUCAAGGCGCCGGGAGUGGCCCAUUGCUACGGCGGCACCGGGCCGGUUCCGACGGGCGCUCUGGACUCGUUGGUGUCUUGGGUUGAGGGAGGUGUCGCGCCCGAGACGCUCCCUGCGAGUGUCACAGCGGGAAACACCACCAGAACGCUGAAUCUCUGCCCGUAUCCGCUUGUCGCCGCAUACAAAGGCGGUGACAUGAUGGCGGCUUCUUCGUAUGAGUGUAAGGAGACUUUUGCUUGA